AUGACGGAAUCUUGGAAUUGCUUGUCCAAAAAGAAGUUGCACGAAGUUUGGGAAUCUGGAAAGCUUAGGGAGAUACGGCUAGCGCAAAAAAGUGUCAGAUAUUUGAAGUCGAAGGAUGCUGAUGUUGUAGAAGAUCAAUAUGAAGGUAAGGGACAUUAUUUAAUUGUAAUUUCUGUUUAGGAGGGCAUCAGUUAUGGCAAGGCACACUGCUUCAAUUAUCUUUUCUAGCUCAGCAAGCGGAGUUUAAGAUCACAAAUGUUAUGGACGUAAGUUUUAUAUUCUUUACGUCUAAUUUUUUAGGUUGGCUGUGGGAACGGAUUACUUGGUAUUUUCUUGGCCAAGUAUAAUGAUGUUCAACAUGUUGUGUUUCAAGACUUGGUAAGGAUAUAUACGCUUAGAGACGUUGCUUUAAGAACGAAGAUGUUCUUUCCGAUACCACACAACCAAAUCUCGACGUAAACGGAAUUCAUAAAUCUAAAUAUUCCUUCGUGGCUGGACCGUGGCCUGAUUGUUUCCAAGACUUAGAAGAGACUAGGUAGGGUCCAAUUACUGCAUAUAUUAUUUCAAUGAAAACAUUGCAGUUUCGAUUUAAUUGUCAGUUCCGAUACCGUUUAUCGCAUCAAGAACUUCGAAAAUCUUCAUUUGGUCUUUCAGCGAUACCUCAAGAAGACAAAAGACGCCUCAAUGUAAGUUAAUUACGUGAGAAAAGUACCUCUUUGUCAGAUAUUUAAGUGGAAAGGAUCUCUAUUUUGGAAAUGAUGGAGGGAUCCUGCCGUUUCUUGAGUUUGUAACCGAAAAGAAUCUAUUUGAUGUUACUGUAGUUAUGACAGAUGAGGGAAGUGUAAACCAUUCUUUACUUCAUUUGAAAUGGAAGUUACCUAUUGUUGACUGUUGAUUGUUUUGAUGAAUAAAUGUCGUCUUACGAAAAGUUGCGGAAUAAGAUCUCAGCAAGAAAAUAAUAUUGAACUCCUAUUCUUCUUAAUAAUGCAUUCACGUUUGUUACAAAUUCAUUUAAUUUGUUGUCUCGUUAUUCUUUAGCCUUGGGGGACGUCAGAAAUCACGAGAAUGAGAGACGCCUUCGUUGUAAUAUCAGAAUCAUAAAGUAAUUAUUUGUCGAUUCGAUCGAGUGGGGAGGUCGGUCUCAAGUUUCCCUCGGUAAGAUCAUUGACUAGAUUAUCUGUCUUCUUUUUUGAUAUCGCCGUAUCCUCCCUCUUUUAGUCAUUUUUGGUCAUGUCGAAGGUACGUAUCGACAACCCGCAUUUACUGUGUAUGGAAGAUGAUACUUUGUAUCACUUCGGACUCAAGAAAAGCACCACUGAUUUUACCCAGUUUGGCGAUGUGAAAGUAAGUUGAGUAUGUCUGUGACAAUUAUUUUUAGUUUGUUUGUUGCGGCGGCAGCUACACUCGGUUACAAAUGUACGCCGCUUUGUUUGCCAAGAAGGCUGGCCUCCCUUGCUCUGAAAAUAUUUCGAAGUCAGAUCGUUUCUGUCUAUACAAAACGGGUUAUGUCAUGUGGGUGAAUGUAAGCUACUGUGAUAUAAUAUUAAUUCCUAUUCAGCAUGGAAUGGGUGUCCCUUCGUUGAGCAUUAUGUUGAACGAGAUCACCAAGUUACUCUAUUAUGCUGGAGCCACAGAUGUCAUCUUCAUCAGAUUAGGGACCAGUGGCGGAAUUGAUGUUGCCCCAGGCACUGUGGUCGUGGCUGACAACACCAUGGACUCUAAACUCAGAAAUGAUUACAUUCUGGACAUCGCCGGGAAGACGCUGUGCUUUGAUUGUUCCCUCGAUAAAGACCUGGCCAAAGAAUUCUAUAACGUUGCAAAGGAAAUGAACUAUGCGGCUGAUAUGGGUACCACAAUGUGUGCCAAUGAUUUCUAUGAAGGUGGGUGGUCGUUGAUUAAUAAACGAUGCAUCUAGGCCAGAUGAGAUUGGAUGGAGCCUUUUGUGACGCCGCUUUGAACGAGAAAGUCGAGUACCUGAAGAAGUUGGCAUCAAUGGGGGUGAAAAAUAUCGAGAUGGAAUCAACUUGCUUUGCUGCAAUGACAAAGCGGGCAGGAUGUAAAGGUGACAUCAUUAAUAAUCUUCCUCUUGGAAUAAAUGAUUAGUAAUGAAGUUCUGAACUUAUUAACUUCACCAUUUUCAGCCGUCAUCAUCUGUGUUACUCUGGUGAAUCGGAUGUUGGGGGAUCAAGUUACACUCGCGGAAAAUGAUUACAAAGAGUUCGAAAUGCGACCUUUCAAUGUUGUCAGCAAAUUCAUUUCGAAACGAUUGGGAUACAACGGCUAUUGA